GUAAUGUUCGUACUUUUGUUUGAGUUUUUGCAGUUUCGUAUCAGCCAUCAGUUCACCAUCUCCAACUCUAGACAACAGACCCCCUCUCUCUAGAUUUGAGGCUGGUUCAUAUGAGGUGUUCUGCUCAUAUACUGAACCUAAUUGCGAAGGAUGGUUUGGAUGUGAUAAAGGAUGAAAUCCAUUUGAUUACGGAGAGUGUUAUGUACUGGACUUCCCCACCUAAGAGGGCCCAGACUUUCAAUGAAGCUGUUAAACAGCUCAAGUUGUUUGUUGGGAAAAAACUUGUGCUUGAUUGUCCAACAAGGUGGAAUUAUACCUAUGAU